GGCUUUGAUGCAUAUUCUGAAUACAGUCAGGUACGACUUGGGACUCACCGCUUGGUCACUUCGCUCUCCAACCAGGUAGGUCACACGUAUCGUUAUCAAUAUUCAUAUGCAUUGGGCGUGGUGUCACUAGCGGACAAGCAGUCUGUCCGGAUGGAAGUCUGUAGGACAAUUGCUGACUUGGAAUACUCGGCUUUGCUCCUCGUGCUCCCCAAGAACGAAGUAUCAGUUGCUGUGAGGACAUGAGAUUGAGAGAUAUUCUUGCUUCAAGAGCAAAAUCACGAUCUGGCGUUUCUUUUGGAAAACGAAGUCCUUGACCGUAGUAAUUCAAACAAGCCUCGCAAUCACCAUAACACAUUCUCAAAACAUCAUUCGAAGCAUAUUCAGCGAUGUGCAUUGCAAUCAUCUCGACAGCACAUCCGGACUACGCCUUUGUCCUUCUCUCCAACCGCGACGAAGUCAUCUCGCGCCCGACUCUUCGUGCCGAUUGGUGGGAUGCUCCUCACGACCAUGUCCUCGGUGGGCGUGACCUCCAACGUGCGGAGCGCGGCACAUGGCUCGGGAUGACGAAACAGGGACGAGUGGCAGUGCUGACGAAUUUUCGCGAGCCGGGUCUGGAAGUUGCGAAAGACAAAAGUCGAGGCGGCAUCGUAAAUGCUUAUUUGAGCACGCCGCCGGGGGCGAGGGAGGAGACCGAAGCUGAAUUCGUUGAGCGCCUGGCAAAGGAAGUCGGAGUUCACGAUGUCGGCGGAUUUACUCUGGCGUUCGGCCGGCUCAGAGCGGCGAAAGGUUCAAGAAAGCUCAGGACGAAGCCGACCACGGAGACCUCAGCAUCUUCAGAUCAUCCUAGCACGGCUCACGUUUCUCCAUCGAUAUCAACGCCAGACUCAACACAACCAACAACGAAUCAUCCCUACAUCCCACCAUUUGCGAAACCCGUCCAAACAGAGACCGCAUAUCCAGGCCUCUCCCUCGUAUCCAACCGCACCCCCAUCCCCUCCCGCAGCGAUCCCAAUCACGAAUUCACACUCCCACGCAUCCUCACCACCGUCCACGAGACCCACGCCCUCAGCAACAGCACCUUCGAGGAUAAGACCUGGCCGAAGACGAUUCACGGCUGCCAACUGCUCCGCCAGGCGCUCCACGGCCACGUCUACCGCGCCCGCGGCGACGAACCCGCCCUACUGAACCGUCUCUUCGAAAUCCUCCGUAUCGACCUCCUGCCCCAACGACAGGCACACGAAGAUCUGGAGACGCACGCCAAUCGCAUGCGAGGCAGCAUUUACAUCAACGCCGAGAAGGGCGAGGUUUCCUCCGAGACGGAUUCGACUCAUCACACCGAGGAGCCUUCCGUCGUUGAUGUGAUUCCUCGGCCGAGAAAGGAGCAGUUAUCGAGCACCGCGUAUGGCACCAUGAAGCAGACGGUCAUCCUGGUCGAUCAUGAUGGCAAAGUCACUUUUGUGGAGAGAACGCUCUGGGACGAGAAAGGCAGGAGGGUGCCUGACGCUGAGGUGGAGAAGAGGAUCGAGUUUGAAAUCGAAGGCUGGUGGAAUGGCGAGGAAGAGGAGAGUGAGAUGAGCGCGACACAGAGCGCGGGGGAACAGGAGGUGCCUGAGACGGGUUAGACGAUCGACUUGCGAGGGCUGCGGGGGCGGAUUGGAUGACCGUGAUGGGAAGCCAGCGAGCAUUGGAGUGGAGGGAGGUCUCGAGGAUCAUGAAAUCAUUCGUGAUGA